AACAAGACCUGCUGAUUUGUUUACUGAUUUCAGACGUCACUGAAACGGGAAAAUGUUAAGGUAACUAACUGUUAGUUUACGGAAGUAUUACUUAAUCUGAAAUAAAGUACAUUGUAAUUAUCAGAGGAAAAUUUAUGAAAAUUCUAAUUAAAAAUUUUACUUUAUAAGCGGAAUGAUGGUUGAUAAUGGAUAUGCAUAUUUCAUUUUGGAUAAUUCUUUUCUUCUCUUUGUUUCAACUUUGUGUUCUUACAUCUCCUUAUUCAUGCAAUCAUGAUACAAAUGUUAACUACAAAUCAAGAUCACUAAUUAAGAAAACUGUAGAAAAUUACAGUAUUUUCCUUCAAACACCUGAAAGAUAUACAAAAAAGUAUGGAAGUUUUAAUGAGAGCUUGCGUUUACAAAUGAAAGAAGAAGCUCGUAAGAUGUUCCAGUUUGGGUAUGAUAACUACUUAAAAUAUGCAUUCCCAAAAGAUGAGUUAAAUCCUAUAUUUUGCACUGGAAGAGGACCAGAUUAUGAAAACCCGUCCAAUAUAAAUAUUAAUGAUGUUCUGGGCGAUUAUUCCUUGACACUUAUUGAUGCCUUAGAUACUCUUGCUGUGAGUAAUGGAAAUACAACUGAAUUCAAAAAGGCAGUUAAACUCAUAAUUGAGCAUGUGUCUUUCGAUACAGAUAAUAUAGUUCAAGUAUUUGAAGCAAACAUUAGAAUUUUGGGCUCCCUAUUAUCAGCUCAUCUUCUAAUUAAUGAUGCCAAACAGCCUUUUGGAAAUUUGGUGCCUGAGGAUUAUAAUAACGAACUACUUCACUUGGCUCAUGAACUGGCAAGCCGUUUGUUACCAGCGUUUGAAAAUACUAAAACUGGACUUCCAUAUCCCAGGGUUAAUCUUCGGCAUGGUGUGCCAGAGGGAGUUUCAACGCAUACUUGUACUGCUGGAGCUGGUUCUAUGCUUUUAGAGUUUGGAAUGCUCAGCCGACUUCUUCAAGAUCCAGUAUAUGAAGGUGUUGCUAGGCGAGCUGUGAGGGCACUUUGGAAGUUAAGGUCUAAAACUACUGGACUGUUAGGUAAUGUGGUUGAUGUUCAAUCUGGUGAAUGGAUAGGACAGAUGAGUGGUGUUGGAGCUGGUUUAGACUCAUUUUUUGAAUAUUUGCUAAAGUCAUAUAUCUUAUUUGGAGAGAAGGAAGACUUUUCAAUGUUCAAUGAAACUUACCACACUAUCAAAAGAUAUAUGCGAAAAGGGAGGCCUCAUUGUAACCAUGGAUAUGGUGAACAUCCAUUGUAUGUAAAUGUGAAUAUGAUAGAUGGAAGUACGCUGACUCUUUGGAUUGAUUCUCUACAGGCUGCAUUUGCUGGAGUGCAGGUUCUUACUGGAGACAUUGAAGAAGCUAUUUGUAGCCAUGCUCUUUACUACUCUAUUUGGAGACGCUUUGGAGCACUUCCUGAACGAUUUAACUGGCAGAGAGUUAGUCCUGAUUUGGCAUUCUAUCCUUUGCGUCCAGAGCUUAUAGAGUCAACGUAUCUUCUGUAUCAAGCAACCAAGAAUCCUUUCUAUUUACAUGUUGGCCAAGAAAUAAUUGAGAGUUUAAAUAAAUAUUCCAAAGCUAAGUGUGGAUAUGCCACUAUACAUAAUGUACAAGACAAAACAUUAGAAGAUAGGAUGGAGAGUUUCUUUUUAAGUGAAACAUGCAAAUAUUUAUAUUUACUUUUUGAUGUAGAUAAUCCAGUUAAUAAGAUGGCUAGUCACUACGUGUUCACUACAGAGGGACACAUUUUCCCAUUACUUUGGCAGUCAAGGCAAAAACCGUGGGAUUUUGCAGCAGUUGAAACAAAUGUUGAACUUGAAAUUUCAUCAGUGCCUGAUAUUUCUUUAAAAUUUAAUAAUAAUACUCAAUCAAAUUGCGAGCGAAUACCAGAUGAAAGACAGUUUCUGUUGCCUUUAAAGCCAAAGUACAUGCUUCAAAUCAGUAGAGCUUUGGGACUAGAAAGUUAAUUUUUUUAUAAUACGAAAUCAAAUUGUAUUUUUUAUAGGAGAUAUAUGUAUAUGUAUAGUAUCAUUAUUUACAAAGAGUAUAUUUGUACAGAAAUUUAAUUCAAAUUGCACCUGUUAUAUUUUGCCUUAGCAUUUUGAAACAAAUUCCAACAUUUGUAAAUGAAAUCUUGAUAUUAUUUGUUGCAGUAAAUAUUUGAUUUUCAUUUCA